GUAUGAUUCUGACAUUCCAUUUUACUAUUGGUGAAAGAAUUUGUGAAAUCGGUUUCUCAGUUCUGAAGAUUAGUUCUACAUACAAACUUACAAACACUUCCUCAUUAUAUUAUUAGGUGUAGAUGUAGAUGUACGCACACAUGUAUGUUUGCACCGCUAAGUUCAUAAUUAGUCUGUCUGUUUUUACGCAUAUCUGCUUACUAUUUGGUUGGUACAUUAAUCGGUUAAAAUUUAACCCAUAUGGUAUAUGUGCUCUCUCAUCUUCGCGAGUUCCCGGUUGCUUUCGGGACUGUGGCUGCCAUGAGCGGGGUCAGCGUGAAAACAAAUCUUAACAUUUUGGGUACUUACCUAAUUUUAGGUACUCGACAAAUAGAAUUCUAUGGAUCACACAAAAAUAAGAAAAUCCCCAUAUAUGUAACUGAAUCCAAAACUUAAGUUUUAUUAUUUCUGUAUCACAGUUUUCUUCACAAGUUAUCACCUCAUGUUGAUUUUUCUCAUCAAUCAUCAAAAUGAACACGAGUAGGUAUCCUCCAAAUCCAAUAUUUGUAUGAUGACGCAAAUAUACACGCGGUGUACAUAAUAAUAUAUGAUCUCGUCUAGGGUAUAGCUAAUGAAGAGCCAUCAGAAUAGUUCGGAUUACAGUCAGAGCAUGUUUGGUGUCCGUCUGUAUGUGUGAAAAUUUUAAUUAUAUUUUGAUAAUAAAGUUACAUACCACAAAGUAUCUAUCUAUUUUAGAUAAAUAUGAUAAUCCUGGGAGUGGUCGUGCUCGCCGUGGGCGUGUAUUGGCUAUAUUUCUCUAUCCGGACACAACACAUGGAGAAACUGACUGCGGCUUUACCAUCGCCGCCCUCGCUGCCUCUCCUCGGGAACGCCAUGAUGUUCAUUGGGAACACUGAAAAAAUGCUGCACAAUCUCGAAUAUCUAGCGGACCUAGCACACAAACACAAGGGAUGUGUCAAAAUUUGGUUGGGCCCUAAACUGUACAUUGCUAUUGGCAACCCUGAAGACGCACAACUGGUGUUAGAAAAUUGUUUGGACAAGGACGGUGUCUACCGCUUCUUGCGCGCUUGGUUAGGACACGGCUUGUUUGUGGCACCAGUGGGUCUGUGGAAGACGCACAGAAAAGUGCUCCUACCUGUGUUCCACAACAAAGUGGUGGAGGAGUACCUGGGUGUGAUCGGGCAGCAGGCCGGCGUGCUCGUGGGGCGCUUAGCUGACCACGACGGACAGGGGGAGUUCGACGUUCUCAAGUACAUCACCGCGUGCACGCUGGACAUCGUCUUUGAAACGGCGAUGGGCGAACGUAUGGACGUUCAGCACACCCCAGACACUCCAUACUUGCGCGCGCGGCACACCGUGAUCUCCAUCCUCAACAUGAGACUGUUCAAAGUCUGGUUGCAACCCGACUGCCUCUUCAACCUUACAUCCUACGCCAAGCAGCAGAGGGACAAUAUCGAUCUCACUCACAAGUUCACAGAUGAGGUAGUGAAGAAAAAGCGGCAAGAGUAUGAAAACAAGAAGAACCAAGUUGACAAUGAUCAAACAAAGGAAGGUAAACUACAAGCAGUUCUGGAUUUGCUUUUCGGUCGGGAAAUAGAGUUUACAAACGAGCAGUUACGGGAACACAUUGACUCGAUCACAGUAGCUGGGAACGACACCACGGCUCUCGUCAUCGCGUAUACCCUGGUUCUGUUGGGGGUUCACCAGGAGGUACAGGAGAAAGUCUUGCUUGAACAAGAAGCUAUUUUUGGCUCAUCACGUCGGGCAUCGAAAAAGGAGGAUCUACAGCAGAUGAAUUACUUAGAGAGGGUAAUUAAGGAGAGCAUGCGACUGUACACGGUGGUACCAAUCAUAGCUAGGAAUGUACACAAGGAUACAUAUCUCCCUGGAUGCGGGGUCACGUUGCCAGCAGGCGCAGGCGCCGUCAUAGGAUCGUUUGCUAUCCACAAAUCAAAGGCAGUGUGGGGAGCAAACGCUGACGACUUCGACCCUGACAGGUUUCUCCCUGAGCGUUCCGUCGGUCGUCAUCCUGCCGCCUUCUUACCCUUCAGCUUCGGUUCUAGAAACUGCAUUGGGCGUAACUUUGGAAUGCUUAUCAUGAAGAGCAUAAUUUCAAGCAUUGUGCGAGCGUACAAGAUUAAUGCCAAGCCUAUCGACCGCUUGAAAAUAGAGGUCCUACUGUUCCCCACCAAUGGGCACCAGAUCAUGCUUAGAAGGAGAUAGAAUAGAAUCUCACUGAAAAAAUGUUCUUAAUUUAAGACUUCACUUGUGAAUACUUUGGUGUUAAAAACAUUUUGUUAAGAUUGUUCGAGUACCUAUCUUCGGUAUGGCAUGAAUGAGCAAUGCGAAGAAAUGAUUGACGUUCUACACUGAUUCACAACAACAUACCUAACGUAAGGAAGCAAAUUGUGGGUUUGUGAAAAGUGCAGUGAACAGCACAUUGAUUUAGGCUUCACUCAAUCUAAGAUUACCGUCCUACCUAUUACCGUCGCACUGGAUUGCGUGAAGUUAACUGUACUAUUACGACAAACAGUACAGAUAAGUUCCUACCUACAGUACCUACCUACAUUGGUAGUAUGGACUGCUCUUGAACAGCUGCGUUGUAAGGUUGUAUUAGUAUUAGGUAAAUAUUUUAUCUGCUCCAUUCAUACAAGGACUUUCUUAAGUAAAUAUGUAGUAGUUCAGUUGCUUUGCUAAUAUGUAGGUAUACCUACUUUAAAAAAUACUUAUACAAAUGAAUUAUUGAAAAUAACAACUUUACCUAAGAAAAUUAUAAUUAGUAAUCUAAUCUACAUAUCUACAUUGUAUUGUAGUCUCAGUUGACAUAGAAGUACGAUUUGAGUAAGUACUAAGGCUACUUACUGGGAAAAUGGUAUGCCUAUAUCUAAAGGUAGUAAGUACUACUUUAAAAUUAUGCUUAGGUAGUUGAAGAACAUACAAUAAAAUUAUCAAUCACAUAUAUAUAGCGCUCGGUAAUCGAAUAUGAGAUAGCGGAAAUUUAGUUCCCUGUCUCUAGUCUCUACAUAGGUAUUUGAAUGGUCGAACUCCAUCUAACACCUCAGCAAGCUAGUUAGCUAAAAUAAAUAUACUUAAAGUGGAAAUAAGUUGUAUUAUGAGGCGGGUAGGUUCCUUAAUAGAGUAUUACCAGAUUUUUAAUCGCAUGCAGAAUUUACUCAAACUCGCGGUGCGGCGGCGUGACAGCUCAGUCCCGCUUUUUGGGUUUCUUGACAGACGCAAAUAAACGUGCCAUUGACUAGGUAUUUUUUCUCACGCCGUCGCACGCAUUCUGAUACUACUUUAAUAAAAUGUAUAGCAAACUUAGCUAAUAUAUUUUUUAUUUAAAAUAAAAAGCCAGUCAAA